CAGCUACCUCUGUGAGUGCAAAGUGAAAAUAUUGAACAUGUGUACGAGCGGUUGUCAAAGUGGAAUUUAACCUAGAAAAAUCGGCAAACAAGUGAUAACAAGUGAUAAAUGAAUGUUGGUGUGGGUUAGCAGUGGAAUUGCUAAAAGAUUUUUCAGAAGAAUGUCGUCGUUCGUGCAGAAUUUGAACCCGAUCACCGGUGAAAACGACUGGAUCGUGCAGAACGACCACUAUGAUUACCAUCAGGAGAUAGCCAGAGCCGCUUUCGCUGAUAUGUUGCAUGACACAGAGAGGAAUGAGAUGUACGAGAUGGGCCUGAAGGUUGCCAUCGAGCACAUGCAUAAGCAGGGCAAGAAGGCCAAUGUGUUGGACAUUGGUACGGGCACAGGACUGCUGUCGAUGAUGGCUGUGAGACACGGGGCUGACAGUAUAGUAGCCUGCGAAGCUUUCAAACCGAUGAGUGCGUGCGCGAAAGAGAUCAUAAAGCUGAAUGGCUUUGAGAGCCGCAUCAAAGUGAUUGACAAGAAGUCAACUGAGCUGACGGUAGGACAAGAUUGUGAUAUGGAUUGCAGAGCUAAUAUAUUGGUUACAGAAGUCUUUGAUACUGAACUGAUCGGUGAAGGCGCAUUGAGCACCUUCAAGCAUGCUCACGAUGAGCUGCUGGAGAAAGAUUGCAUAGUUGUCCCUCACAGUGGGACUGUGUACGCACAAGUGAUUGAGAGCCCUUUGGUCAGGAACUGGAACAUCCUGAAGGACGUUUUCGAUGACGAUGGGAAACUUCUGGUGAAGGUCCCGGAUUCGAUGAAGAGAUGCAAGGGAACGAUCAGCUUGCACGAUCUACAGUUGAGCGAGGUGAAGCUGCACGAGUUCGCGCAGCUGGUCGAACCGGUGAAGGUGCUGCGCUUCGAUUUCUCCGGUAAAACGCCGUUCGUAUUCGACAGAUCGACGAUCAACACGGCGAAGGCGCGGAAAGAUGGUAAAGCUCAGGCGGUGUUCAUGUGGUGGGAUCUGAACAUGGACAUCGAUAACAAGAUAACAUUGUCGUGCGCUCCCUAUUGGGCUCAUCCGCUUUAUAAGGAGGAACUGCCUUGGAGGGAUCACUGGAUGCAGGCUGUCUAUUAUCUACCCAAAGAGUUGGACGUGAAGAAGGACUCGGAGGUGCAUCUGGUUUCCUGUCACGACGAGUAUUCGCUCUGGUUCAACCUGAAGAACGAUUUGAAUAUGUCGCAGGAGGAUUACGCGUCUCCGAACUGCGAUUGCGGUGUGCACAUAGCGUACUCCAGGACUAGGAUAGGUCAGAUGAACGAUGGGACCAGGGUGAAGAAGUACUUGAGCGUCAUCGACGACUACGUUGGAGAGGACUCCGUGGUUCUGCUGAACGGGCACGGAUUCUUAUCCGGUUUGGCUGCGGCGAAGAGAGCCAAGAAGGUGUACGUCUUGGAGAGUAACAGCCUUUCGAAGAGGGUCCUCAGAACCAUAGUCGCGGAGAACAAAUUUAGCAACGUCGAGUUCAUCGAUGACGUGAAGAAGUUCAGUCCGAGCGAGAAGAUUGACGUGGUGCUGGGCGAGCCGUACUUCGUGAGCAGCAUUUUGCCUUGGGACAAUCUCCUAUACGUGCAUUCGCUCGAUGCUCUGGGAAUGUGGUUUUCCGGCGACGUUAAGGUUUUCCCCGGCAGAGCGAAAGUGAUGGGACUUCCCAUGCGAUUCAAAGAUCUGCAUAAAAUACGGGCGCCGUUGAGGACAUGCCAAGAGUUCGAGAUGAAGCCCUUCGAUAAAUUAAUUGAGGAAUCCAGCGGAAUUAGCGACGAAGAGGUGGAAGCCCAGCCUCUGUGGGAAUACCCCGGUCAGGCGCUGAGUCAACCCAAAGAGAUAGCCGCAAUCGACAUUAAAAUAAACGGACGGGACGUUUGCGAAAGCACCGGUUCUUUCGAUUUCAACGACGUGUCUUCGUGCAACGGGGUAGCCUUCUGGGUGGAUUGGAUCGUCGACGUGGGCAAUUCCAGGAAGACCACCAUCACCACAGGGCCGAUCGUACCAUGCGAGGUGGGCGUCGAAGUGCAAUGGGACGUGCACUCUAGACAAGGCGUCUGCCUGCUCGGUCACAGGCAGCUCAAGAACGAGCUCAAGUACAGUUUCAAGUACGACUAUAAAUCGGGUCAGAUCAAGUUCAAGGUGUUCUAAAUUAUAUGUCAAUAUCAUUUUUUUUUAUUAU